AUGACCCACUGCUGUUCUCCUUGCUGUCAGCCUACAUGCUGCAGGACCACCUGCUGCAGGACCACCUGCUGGAAGCCCACCACUGUGACCACCUGCAGCAGCACACCCUGCUGCCAGCCCUCCUGCUGUGUGUCCAGCUGCUGCCAGCCUUGCUGCCGCCCAACUUGCUGUCAAAACACCUGCUGCAGCACCACCUGCUGCCAGCCCACUUGUGUGACCAGCUGCUGUCAGCCUUCCUGCUGCAGCACACCCUGCUGCCAGCCCACCUGCUGUGGGUCCAGCUGCUGUGGCCAAACCAGCUGUGGGUCCAGCUGCUGUCAGCCUAUUUGUGGGUCCAGUUGCUGUCAGCCUUGCUGCCACCCGACUUGCUAUCAAACUACCUGCUGCAGGACCACCUGCUGCCAGCCUACCUGCUGCCAGCCUACCUGCUGCAGGAACACCUCUUGCCAGCCCACCUGCUGUGGGUCCAGCUGCUACCAGCCUAGCUGCAGGUCCAGCUGCUGCCAGCCGUGCUGCCGCCCAACAUGCUGUCAAACCACUUGUAGAUCCACCUGCUGCCAACCAUCCUGUGUGACCAGCUGCUGCAGCACACCCUGUUGCCAGCCAACCUGUGGUGGGUCCAGCUGCUGUAGCCAAACCUGCAACGAGUCCAGCUGUUGUCUGCCUUGCUGCCAUCCCACCUGCUGCCAGACCACCUGCUGCAGGAACACCUGUUGCCGCCCCAGCUGUUGUUGCAGUCCUUGCUGUAUCUCCAGCUGCUGCCAGCCUUCCUGCUGCUAA